UAAAAGCUUUGCAUUGCACACGAUUUGAUGAGCAAUUCAUGUUGAAAUAAGAGUAUUGAAAAAUCUUAGUCCAUUCGGUUCAUUAUGAAGCGUGGGUGCCGCAGCCAGCGUUGGUGGGCGGGGCGCGGGAGUCGGGGUCGCGUCAGGUGGCUGGCGGGAGGACGCACGAGAGACGGCACUCCUCGCACCGCCAGUCUUCUGAGAGCACCUCCUUACCCACGCCUCGGCGGCACCACCACCACCACCACCACCAUCAUCAUCUCCACGCGACCAGGUUGGCUUGUCCCGCUUAAGCUGCAGGAUCCGGGGCUUACCGGCGUGUUCGGCAUGAAGGUGUGCUGAGGGGUGAUGAAGCAGCUCGUUAUCGAUGGGCGUAAAGCACGGUGAAGGGCUGGAUGCCUAGAAGCCACGGCAGACAUGAGUGAGGGCUCCAGGCGCGGCUCUGUGACAGAUCUACUACAGUGCAGCGUCGACCUUUACGUCCCGCCCAGCCCCCGCCAUCACCCGCCCCCAGACCCAGACUGCUGGGGCGACUCUGGCCGCGCCGCAAAACAUGAGAAGAACAAACCUGCUGACGCCGUACGAAGCGAUCCCUCCAGCGUCAGCGACAUCGUAAAAACCGCCCAGAGUCAGGUGAUGGGUCAGCGGGGUGAGAAACUUAAAGUUGGAGAACAAACACAAAAUUCUUCACGGGUUUCCGACGUGAAGGUCAGUGCGCACAGCAAAGCGGAGACAGAGGUGAAGGCAGCGAAGGAGAAAAGCAAACCUGGCAUCAAACCGCGCAGACCCAAACCUGGAUCUGGUCUUGAUCAGACAAAACCUCGAGGAGCAGCUACAGAGAAAGGCCGACCCGGUGCCAAGUCCGACAAGACAAGUCUGCAGGGACACAAGGCAACCAGUAAAAGCGUCCAAGGCCCCGACGAGGACAGUUCUCUCCCUGCACCGUCCAAGCCUCGCCGCGCUGCGAUGACCGGCUGUUCGGGUGCCUACCAGCACGCGGUGAAGGCAGUGCGCGGCGCCUCACCCGAGGGAAGUGUGGUGAUGCUUGGCUCAGUGGGGGAGCAAGAGAAGCCUCCGUCCCCUACCCCGGCGCCGAAUCAAAAUGUUAACAAACUAUCAUUUACCAUAGCGAUGGCGGCGACGAAGAUGAAGUCCCUGUGCCUCCGCGCCUCGCCAAGGAGUGGACACAUGCAGGGGUCGAUCAGCAUCCGGGAAGACGCCGAGACCAGCAGUGUAUCUCUGACCCCUUCAUCUCUGCAAAGCACCAAAAAAACCCAAAGGCAGCGCCCUGGAAGGAAGAUGUUCGAAGAUGCGUAUGUCAUCACCUGGAGCCAGCCAGUCCUGCACGCUGACCAAGCUGACUUCCGCAUCACUUUUGAUAAACCAAAGAAGGCGCGUGUGCUGCGGGUGAGGCAGAGCCGGCGGCGCAGUGUGGGACCUGAGAUAGUGAUACCAGCCCCAGAGUCAGAGGAGCGGGACACAACUGCAGUGGACUGGAUGGAGUGGAGGCAAACCCAUGAUCGAGUGGAGCAGUGGCUAAAGGACAACGCCCAGACGGAGCCUGACGAGUCACAUGUGGUUGCUAUGCUCCUCGACCCUGACCCACGGAAAGGUAAAAAAGAAAUGAAGCUGAAGACUUUAAGCUCUGAAGAUAAGCUCAUAUGUUAAGCAAAAUGAGUGGUGGUGCUGAUGGUGUAAGGAAUUCAAUCUGAGAAGCAGCUCUUUUAUGAUGUCAAGAAUACUUCUGACAAAAUUUGUAAGCACAUUUUACAUUUUAUGAUUUAAACUAAAGUGAUUAAAAUAUCUGGCAGCACAGUCUAAGUUCGAUGACUGUGAUAGUCUAGUACAUUAAAGGAAAGAUUAAAGACAGCAAAGUUUGCCAAAUUAGAUCACACCGCAUAUA